CGUGGCACAAACCAAAGCAGUCAGACAGGAUGGAGCAGCAAGCGACUCUGAAAGAAAAGUUUUCCAUAUUCGGUUCUCGGACAGCGGGCAGACCUAUCCGAUGUGUUUCUGGAGACGACGGGGCCAGGUGUGGGCUCAGCAAAGCAGAGUUCAUGGAGAAAGUGCAGCAGAGCAAUGAGGCGUGUCAGCGGGGUGACUUUCAGGCGGCCAUCCAUUUGUACACCAACGCCUUGCAGGCUGACCCACAGAACUGCAUCCUGUUCAGUAACCGCUCAGCAGCCCGUCUCAAACUGGGACAGCACCAGGCGGCACUGGAGGACGCUGAAAAAGCCUGCGAGCUCAAUCCCAAGUGGCCCAAGGUGGCAUCCUGCAGGCGCAGUGGAGCAGCAAAUCCCACAAAUUCUCUCUUUUGAGAAUAAAACCCUCAAAUAAAAGCUUGUG